CAGAAGUGCCUUGGCAAAAGAGAUGGGCCGGUCUUUUCCAACUUUUGCAAGGUUCCACCUCUUAACGCCUCCCCUACCUUCCGGGGGCGGAGUCUGGAGUCGGCUGAUCGCACAGGUGGAGAAGUUUGGUCGUCUCCGGCCACCGUGGCGGCAAUAUGGCUGCGCCCACGGAGCAGGGAGACGGUGCGGAAGCCGGGAGCCAGCUCCCUAUCGCUGGCGCAUGGACCGCAGCGCCGAGUUCCGCCGAUGGAAGGCGCAGAGUCUGAGCAGAGCGGACCUCAGCCGCAAAGGCAGCGUGGACGAGGACGCGGCCGAGGUUGUGGAGCUGCUGAAUUCGCGGGAAGAGUUCUUCACCACCAGCUCGUGCGCAGGCCGCAUCCUCCUCCUGGACGGGAACACAGAUGGAUCUGGGGUUCAGAAACAGCACUGCUGCUGGAUGCUGGUCACCCACAAACCCUGUGGGAAAGACGACGUGAUGGCAGCUCUGAAGGGUGCAACCAGCAAUGCUGUUUUGAAGUUUGAACCGUUCAUCCUCCAUGUGCAGUGCCGGACACUGCAGGACGCACAGACCCUGCACUCGGUGGCCAUGGAGUCUGGCUUCAGGAACUCUGGCAUCACAGUGGGAAAGCGGGGAAAGACCAUGCUGGCCGUGCGGAGCACACAUGGAUUAGAAGUUCCACUAAGCCGUCAGGGAAAACUGAUGGUGACAGAGGAGUAUAUUGAGUUCCUGGUGACUGUAGCAAAUCAGAAAAUGGAGGAAAACAAGAAAAGAAUUGGAAGGAAUUUACCAUCUUAACCAAUGGCAUCCACAUCCACAUCAUUAGUAACCAUCACCACCAUCCACCUCCAGAACUGUCAUCAUCCUGAACAGAAACUGUACCCGCUGAGCACCGGCCCCACUCUGUCCUGCAGCUCGAGCGUGGCCACUCCGGCCACGUGGCCAUGCAGCCGGUCGUCCUUCUGUGUCUGCUGUCUUAGUGCGCUCCUGUGCUGCGGCAGUGGUUUUGUUUGUUGCAGUACUGGGUAUUGAACCCAGGGCCUUGUGCAUGCUUUACAAGAGGCUUACCACUGAGCUACAGCUCCCCGACCAGCUAAACCUUAAGGGCUCUACUAUGCUGUAGCAUGUAUGAGUCACUUUUCUUUUCCAAACUGGUAACACUCCAUUGUAUUUGUGGACCGUGUUUUGUCUCCUGUUGCAGAGAUUUGUUUGUGUUUUCACUCUGAGACCACCCAUGGAGUGAACCAUAGAGUUUUCUGGCCAACUCAGAGGAGAUUGAAGGCUGCAGAGAAUAAGGAGGGGCUAAAAAUAUGCUAAAAAGAUUCCUUUUCUGAUAGGAAAGGUGGAGAAGAGGGUGAAGUGAUCUUUGCUCCAUCCCUCCGUGGAUCAAUCAGGUUUACUCCCUAACAUUUGACUCCCAAGCUUUAUUGAAUAAUAAAACAUUAAAAGAAGCUACAAUACCGUG